GCCCCAUCACACAAAACAGCAAUUCUACCUCUCACUCUCCUUCUACUUCCUCAAUUCCCUUCUCCCUCUGUAAUCAAAGGGUUAGGUUUUGAUUGUACAAUGAGUAGACCAACAACUCGAAGUAAAAAUAAACGGCAAAAACAAGGGGAUGAUGGUGUCAGCACUUGUGAAAUAUGGAGGAAAAUUCACAGAACUGGUGCAGUAACUGAGGAUGAUAUGAGCCAACUGUAUAUGAUUUGGAAGCCAGUCUGUUCAGGCUGUCGUGUUAAUACCAAAGACAACCCAAAUUGCUUUUGUGCAUUGGUUCCACCUGCAAAUGGAACCCGGAAGUCUGGCUUAUGGCAGAAGAUUUCUGAAUUUGUUGAAAGUCUUGGCCCUGACCCAACGAAUGAUCUUCGUGCUUCUGUUAGUUCACCUGCAGGUCUGACAAAUCUUGGUGCAACGUGCUAUGCCAACAGUAUACUCCAGUGCUUAUAUAUGAAUAAAUCUUUCCGAGAAGGCAUAUUUUCUGUAGAACCAGAUGUUUUACAGCAACAACCAGUGUUAGACCAACUGGCUCGGCUUUUUGUACAGUUGUGUGUUAGUAAAAUGGCUUUCAUAGAUUCUUCUCCAUUUGUAAAAACACUGGAGUUAGACAAUGGAGUUCAGCAGGACAGCCAUGAGUUUCUGACAUUGCUUCUAUCAUUGCUUGAGCGUUGUCUGAGCCAUUCCAAAAUUGCCAAGGCAAGAACGAUAGUUCAAGAUCUUUUCCGUGGAAGCGUGUCUCAUGUGACAACAAUCCUUUUCUCGUUAUUGGUCCAAAGCUAAGAUGCAUGGGCACUGAUAUGGACACAGGACAUGACAGUGACACAGACACCACAGGACAACAAAAUUUGAUGUGUCCACGUCUAUUUUGUAGUGUCUCGUUGUGUUGUGUCUAACACGAAGUGUCUAGCAUGUUUCCAACACGGCCCUUUCUUGAAGUGUCUGUGCUUCAUAGGUGUUCACAAUGUGGAAGAGACUCUGAAGCUUCUUCCAAAAUGGAAGACUUCUAUGAGUUGGAGUUGAAUGUCAUGGGGUUAAAAGGUUUAGAUGAGAGCCUAGAUGAUUACCUCACUCUUGAAGAGCUUCGUGGAGACAAUCGAUAUUUUUGUGAGUCAUGUAAAACAAGAGUUGAUGCUACUCGCAGCAUCAAGCUUUGUACAUUACCUGAUGUACUUAAUUUUCAACUUAAACGCUAUGUCUUCCUUCCACAGACAACAACAAAGAAGAAAAUUACUUCUGCAUUUUCAUUUCCGGCUGAACUUGAUAUGCGCCAUAGAUUGUCUGAGCCUUCUCAGUUUGAAAUGAUAUAUGACUUGUCAGCUGUACUGAUUCACAAAGGAACUGCUGUUAAUAGUGGUCAUUACAUUGCUCAUAUCAAGGAUGAAAACACUGGGCAAUGGUGGGAAUUUGAUGAUGAGCAUGUUACUAACUUGGGAUGUCAUCCAUUUGGCGAAGGAGCUGCAUGUUCAACUUCUAAAUCUGUUAAGACAGAUGUACUUCAUUCUAAUUGCUCUGAACCAAUGAUAGUUGACUGUAAUGGAAAUGGUUCGGUUGCCACUCAUUCACAAUUUUUGCCUGUGGAGACAUUUUCAUCUAGUGAUGCAUACAUGUUGAUGUACCAUCUCAAGCAUAGAAGAAAUGUUGGUGAAAAAGGGGGCAUGAUUUACGAUGCUAACCUUGAAGAAAGAGAGGGCAUUGCAGGUACUGCACAAGGCAGCACUUGUAUUCCUUCUCAUCUUUGUGAAGAGAUUCAAAAUUUCAAUACCUCAUAUCUUGGUGCUUGUGAGCAGUACAAUCAUCGGAAAAAGUUAGAAUUGAGUCGUAUCAAUGAGAGGAGACAGGAAGUCCGAUCUGUUUUAGCUGAAGCUCCUGUUCAACCACUGGAGCAGCCCUUUUUUUGGAUUUGUAGUGACUGGCUUCGCCAGUGGGCUGACAACAUUAUUCCAACUGCUCUCGACAACACAUCUAUCCAAUGUUCACAUGGGAAAGUCCCAGUGUCAAAGGUUACCUCAAUGAAACGAUUGUCUUCUAAAACAUGGGAUAAGUUAUUGUCUAAGUAUGGCGGGGGACCAACAUUUUCUCAUGAUGACUGUUGUUGGGAUUGUCUGAUUGAUGGGGCACAGAAUGUUGUGUCGGCUGACACCUAUCGGGAUCAAAGAGAUUCAUUGAAGCUACUUGCACGUGAUAUUCUUGAUGGAAACUGUGAAGAUGGAAAGUACUAUGUGUCUAGACCAUGGUUGCAGCAAUGGUGGAAAAGAAAAGUUGUUGAUGCUCCAUCUGAAGCUGAUGCUGGACCAACAGCAGCCAUUAGUUGUCCACAUGGGCAACUUAUGCCUGAGCAAGCUGCCGGUGCUAAGCGGGUGCUUGUCCCUGAGGGUUUCUGGCUGUUCAUUUACAAAGAUGCCAUUUCUGUGAAACCUGAUGAUCUUCUGGGCUGCCCUACCUUUCCUUUAGACUCCAGAGUGUGUUCACAAUGCAGUAAUGAAUUAUCUGAAGUGGCUUGCUUGGAGGAUUCUUUGAGAUUAGUAAAACAAAGGCAACGCCAAAAUCAUGAUAAAUUAUUUGUUGGUAAAAGUAUGCAGCUUUCUCUACAUUGCAAGUACUUCUUACUUCCUUCUUUGUGGAUUUCAAAAUGGAGAAAUUAUGUUAAUUUGGCGGUCAAGAAUUCAGAUAAACCUGAAACUUUAGAUGGCAUUAUUGAUUCACUGAUGUGUGAAAAGCACUUACGACUUGUUGAAAGGCCUCCUGAACUGAUAUUCCGACGUGGUGCUAUAAUCCCAAGAGAAUCUUCUGUAGGUGGCUUAACCAUCAUAUCUGAGAAUGAUUGGAAAUGUUUCUGUGAAGAAUGGGGUGGUAUUGAGACCAAAGGGAUAUCUGCCAGAAUUGAGAAUAAUAAUGAUUUAGAAAAUGCUUUGACUGGAUCCUGCCAAGAGAUGCCGAUAUGUGAUGAUCAAUUGGACACUUGGGAUAAAGUGAAUAAUGAAAGUGGGAAUGGACAAAUUGUGAUCAAGACUUGUCCUGAGGUUUGUGAAAGUUGUAUCGGAGAAAAGGAAAGCUGUGAGUUAAUGCAGAAACUUAACUAUUGCAAUGAGGACAUAUGUUUAAUUCUUGUCCGUGGAAAGGAGGUCCCUAGAUCAAUUUUGGAGGCUUCAAAGGGUUUUGUUGAAACAGAAAGGCGGGUUUCUAAACGUUCCCGGAAAACUAAAAAUGGGAAUUCAAUUAGUCUAAAAGUUUCUGCUUCAACAUCAAUUUACCAGCUGAAAAUGAUGAUAUGGGAAUCCUUUGGGGUUGUCAAGGAAAACCAGAUACUACAAAAGGGUGAUAAAACAAUUGAUAAUAAAACAAUUGAUAUUGGUGACGAAUAUGCUACGCUUGCGGAUGUAAACAUAUUUGCUGGAGAUCAGAUUAUAGUGAGGGACUCUGAGAUCCAUGAAAAUAGAGAUAUUGCGGAUGAGCUUUGUGACGAGCAAAUGGAUACUCAGCAUACCGAGGCAGGGUUUCGUGGAACACUUUUAACAUCAAAUGUUUCAUCUCAGGUGGUUUAGGAAGUGCACUUGCAGUGGUGUCAUCUUUUUUAACAUUUAUUGGUGUAUAUAUAAAUUCUAAAGAGAAAAAAAAAAUCAAUUGAGUGAAAAAAAGGAAGAGUUUGGUGCGAUUCAACCAUGUAAAUUCAUGUGUCUGGACCUUAAAUAGCUUUGAGCGCUAUCUAGGUCCUAAAGCCAAGAUAAUGGCAAAUUUUGGAGUGAAUUUGUUUUUGCUUUUGUUUGUGUGUGAGAGAGCAAGUGCUCAAGGUUGAGCUGGGUACCUCAUUUAAAAGUGAUGGAAAGCCACUUGCACUUGCUAAGGGAUUUCGAGCAGUGGAAAUCAAAUUUAUCCAUUACAAGCAUAAUGUAUCAAUCCUUACUGGUUAAUUCAGUAUCAGUUGGCAUGAAUUUAUUUCCUGACUAGUUAUGUUCCAUCAAUAAAUAAAUAAUGUAAUUAUUAUUAUAAAAAGGUUGAGGGUAAGAUCUC